AUUAAACAUAAUUAGAUAAACCCCCCCGGAGCCCUAGCAGUGUGAGGAGACGAGAUCGACCCCCGGACCGAGCAAGGCCCGCGCGCUGCUGCAUCCCUGCGUCCCGCUCGGACGUCCCGCCACCAUCGCCAUCAUGCCCAAGAGAAAGGCUGAAGGGGAUGCUAAAGGAGAUAAAGCCAAGGUGAAGGACGAACCUCAGAGAAGAUCCGCCAGGUUAUCAGCUAAACCUGCUCCUCCAAAGCCAGAGCCCAAGCCUAAAAAGGCCCCUGCAAAGAAGGGAGAGAAGGUACCGAAAGGGAAAAAGGGGAAAGCUGAUGCUGGCAAAGAUGGGAAUAAUCCUGCAGAAAAUGGAGAUGCCAAAACAGACCAGGCACAGAAAGCUGAAGGUGCUGGAGAUGCCAAGUGUGUGCAUUUUUGAUAACUGUAUUUCUGG